UCUAACCACAGGAUAACAAAGCUCCCAGGAUUCUGACUGUGUUGUUUCUGGCAAGUAGUGUUCCAGAAAUGGGAAGAUUCAACAACACCUUUUCUCACCCCGAUGGCUUUGUUCUGGUGGGCUUCUCUGAAUGGCCCAGACUAGAAAUGGUUCUUUUUGUGGCUGUCUCCACCUUCUACAUAAUGACCCUCCUCGGAAAUUCAGCCAUCAUUUUCUUGUCACACCUUGAUCCCAGACUCCACACACCCAUGUAUUUCUUUCUGGCUAAUCUCUCUUUCUUGGACCUCUGCUACACUACCUCCACUGUCCCGCAGAUGCUGGUCAACAUACAGAGCCACCGGAGAAGCAUCAGCUACACGGGAUGCAUAGCUCAGCUUUUCGUCUUCGUUGGCUUAGGAUCCACUGAAUGCAUACUUCUCUCAAUAAUGGCCUUUGAUCGUUAUGUCGCUAUCUGCCGGCCUCUCCAUUACAUAGUUAUCAUGAACUCUCGGCUUUGCCAACAAAUGGCAGUGGUGGCUUGGGGAACAGGUUUCAGUAACUCCUUGGUGCAAACAGUGUUAACUUUCUUGUUGCCUCGCUGUGGUCAAUAUCGGGUAGAGAAUUUCUUCUGUGAGGUACCUGCCAUGCUUCAAUUAUCAUGUGUUGAUACACGGACCAACGAAGUCGAGAUGUAUGCAGCUGUGGUGAUCAUAAAAGUUAUCCCCGUUGGAUUAAUUCUGUUCUCUUAUCUCAACAUUGUCAGAGCAGUGGUUGGGAUCCAAUCUACUGAGGGUCGCAAGAAGGCCUUCAACACAUGUGGGUCUCAUCUGCUGGUGGUCGUUAUGUUCUAUGGCUCAGCUAUCAGUGGUUAUGCGUAUAUGGCGCCCAAGAGCAAUUCAGCCAAACUGAAGGGCAAGCUUCUUGCUCUCUUUUAUGGACUUGUAACUCCAAUGCUUAACCCUCUUAUCUACACCUUGAGAAACAGGGAUGUGAAGGGAGCAGUAAAGAAGCUACUGGGGAGAGAAGAGCAGGGGUGAAGCACAGCUUAGGAGAAGGUGGUUCCUUGCAAUUCGUGUCCUCACUCCCAGAAUGCCUGCCAUGGACGCCAUCACCAAGGUCCAAUAGCAGUGGCUGCCUGUUAUUCCUAUUACCUUUGUAUUUCAGAGGAAAUAAAAUGCUGACU